CGACGCCCCUCCUAUAAAAACCCCCCUCGACCUCCCCCGACUACCAAACCCUCUCCAAAACCCUAGCAACCACUCUGGUGUUAGGGUUUCCUCCCUCCGCGCGCCUCCGAUUCCACGGCCCCGAUCUCCUCUCCUCCGCCUCCUUUUUCCCCAAGGAUUGCCUGUGUUUUGACACAUCAGUAAUGGGCAAAUCAAGCAAGAAGUCCAAUGCCCAGGUUGCGGUAGCUCCUGCCUCGCUUCCGCAGGAGAAAUCGGGCAAAAAGGGCAAGAGGGAUGCAGAGGAAGCAGUUGAGAAGGCCGUGAGUGCGAAGAAGCAAAAGAAGGAAGUUGAGAAGGUAGUCCCUAAAAAGGAGCAGGAUGCGAAGAAGUUGAAGAAGGCUCCCCCACCUCAGAAGAAGCCAGAACCUAGCAGUUCUGAGGAAUCCUCAUCAUCGGAGUCUGAAGAGGAGGUUAAAGUUCCUCCUAAGAAGCCCAUAAAGGCUCCUGCUAAGCAACCUGAUAGCAGUAGCAGUGAGGAAUCAUCUUCAGAUGACGAUGAGCCUGUCAAAAAGGCUGCUGCUCCUGCGAAAAAGCUUCCACCUGCUGCCAAGAAUGGCUCUGUCAGUAAAAAAGGAAAGGCAGAGAGCAGUUCGGAAAGCGACUCUGAUGAGGAUGAGGAACCAGCAAAGAAGUUGCCAGCUACAGGAGCCAAGAAUGGCAAACCUGCAUCUGCGCUGUCAAAAAAGAAGCAGGAAUCCAGUGACAGUUCUGAUUCAGAUAGCAGUUCUGAUGAAGACGCAAAACCUGCUGCCGCAUCAAAGCAACCAUCAAAGGCUGUGCCCCCAAAGAAACUGGAAUCAAGCGACAGUUCCUCAGAGAGUGAUUCUGAUGAGGAAGAUGAGGGGUUGGCGGCCAAGAUUGGUGGAACCAAGAAUGGACCUGUUGGUGCCUCAAAGGCCAAAGAUAGUGAAAGUUCAGAUGAGUCUGAAGAUGAAUCUGAUGAUGAGGGUAAAGUUGCUAAAGCUGCCCCACCUGCCUCAAAGGUAGCUGCAGCUGGUUUGGCCAAAAAGAAAGAAGAGUCAAGUGAUAGCUCAGAGAGUGACUCAGACUCUGAUUCUGAGUCUGAUGACGACGAUGCCCCUCCAGCAAAGGCUAGUGUUCCUCCAAAAAGGCAAUUAGAAUCAGAGAAAAAGGACCUUCAAAAGAAGCCACAGACUGAGGCUAAAGCAGAUGAAGGUUUGGAAGAGAGUUCUGAGGAGAGUUCAGAGGAAAGCGACAGCGACAAAGAGCCCCAAAAGAAAAAGUUGAAGCCGGAAGCUGGAAAACCUGCUGCUAAAGCUGCGAAAGUAGAAAGCAGGAGUGAAGAAGAUGAGGAUGACAGCUCUGAAGAAAGCUCUGAUGAAGAGCCUAAAAAAGUUCCAGAAAAAAAGCCGUCAAAAGAAUCAGCUAAAAGCGGCAGCUCUGAGGAGGAUUCCUCAGAGGAGGAAAGCGAGGAGGAAAGUGAAGAUGAAAAACCAGCAAAAACUCCAAAGAAGGAUACAGAUGUGGUAAUGAAAGAUGCACCAUCAGCAAAUGCAAUUGCGAACCAAGCUUCUGCAAAAUCUGAGAAGAAAGCGCCUAAAACUCCUGUGGCUAAUCAAUAUCAGCCAUCUGGUUCGAAAACCAUAUUUGUCGGGAACCUUUCCUAUGAUGCUGGACAAGAUGAUGUGUCGGAAUUCUUUAAAGAGGCAGGGGAGGUUGUUGAUGUAAGGCUGGCAACAUCUGAUGAUGGGCGCUUCAAAGGAUUUGGCCAUGUUGAGUUCGCCACUGAAGAAGCAGCUCAGAAAGCACUUGAAAUGAAUGGCCGGGAACUGUUUGGACGUGGAGUGAGACUUGAUUUGGCCCGUGAAAGAGGCUCAUAUACUCCUCAGAGCGGGAAGGAGAAUGCAUCUUACCAGAAGGGUGGGAAAGGUUCUGGCCAAACCAUAUUUGUGAGAGGCUUUGAUAAGUCUCUUGAAGAGGAUCAGAUUCGAAGCUCGCUGGAAGAACAUUUUGGCUCUUGCGGGGAGGUUACUCGAAUUUCUUUACCAAAGGAUUAUGAGUCUGGCUCCUUCAAGGGGAUUGCAUACAUGGAUUUCAAGGAUCAAGAUGCUUUCAACAAGUCACUCGAGCUGAAUGGCUCUGACCUCAACGGAUACAACUUGACUGUGGAGGAAGCGAAACCACGGACCGAUAGCCGAGAUGGUGGUGGCUGGAGUGGUGGAAGGAGCGGUGGUAGGGAGAGUGGAGGGAGAAGCGGAGGAAGGUUUGGAGGCCCGCGUGGUGGUGGCCGUGGCGGCAGGGGUGGUGGUGGCCGAGGUGGCCGAGGCGGCGGUGGUAGGGGGGGCCGCGGUGGAACCCCCAACAGGCAAAGUGCUGGUACAGCUAGCACCGGUAAGAAGACUACAUUCGGCGAUGACUAGAGAAAUAUGUUUCUGCUAAAGACGAUUCCUCUUGUGGUUUUUUAUAUGGGGCAAUUUUGUUCGUUAUUUUCUGCAAUGAAGUUAAGGACGUCUGAGUCAAAACAUCUCUAUUAGUAUCUUGAAUAUUUUAAGUGCUGCAUUCGUUUUGUAUAUGCACCCGCAUUAUGCUUAUUCGACAGUCUCAGCUUCUCCAUGUCCAAGUAAUUCUAAGUUUUAUUUGUUUUUA